GUGCUUGAAGCCGCUUCACACAGAACAACAUUCCUCAUCAGAACCACGUUCGCCAAGAAACGAAACAACCUUGAUCACCUCCGGAUAGGAUUUCUCUCUCUCUCGGCAAGAAAAUAAUAGAAUUCAAAUCAAAAGGUUAGAAGCAAAGGCUCCAACUACUCAAACCGCACAAGUGAUAAAAGUGUGUCUUGUUUACCCAAACGACUAACUGAUAAGAAAACUUCACCUUCGCCACCCUUACACCAUCGCCGUCAGCUUCAACAGCAACAGCAGUGCACUAAAGUAGCCGUCGUAUUUGUACACUUGGUGCCUCGUGUCGGAAGAAAAACUAAUUACCUAUAUCGAAGUCACGUACCUACGUACGUACCAACCUACCUAGUUUGCUACUGCUUAUCUGCUAACUAUUGAGUGAACCUUCAUCUUCCUUCCUCGUGACAAUCAGUCAAAGGUCUAUUAUAAAGUGCAUUCAUAUGUGUUUGAAACUUUGUGUCCUGGUUCUGAAUAUCGAUGAUUUCGGUGACCAGUACCUAGUAGAAUGAGCGCCGUUUGUUUCGAGGUUUCGCGGAUGAGAUCAUGAGGGAGGUGGACUCAUCGGAGACAUCCGUAGUAUGGCCAGCUUGGUGUUAUUCAGGAGAAACAGUUAAUGAAGAUUUACCACAAGCAACGACUCCAGCGAGUUUACUGCACGAGCACCAGCACCACCAGCAGCAGCAGCAACAGCAACGAUUCCUACUGCAGCAAUCGUCAUCAAAUCAAUCACAGUCGUCGCCGUCGUCAUCUUCGGCGUCCUCAUCGCCCUCGUCCCAUUUGGUACCGGGGCAAGGUGCUGGCAAGUUGUCGACAGUUCGUCGUCGUCGUCAUCACAGUCGUAGUAGCUCCGGUGGCGGCAAAAGAAAAUCAAUCACUUCGACGACCCCGCCGAGACCUCGGACCCCAGCGCUAGCGACGGCCUCGGCCGCCCUCGAGGUUCAGUGUUCAGUGUCGGCAGCACUGGCGACGGCAGCGGCAGCAGCGGCGGCGGCGGCCUUCCAAGCGUCGCCCCGAAGAUCUAACCCCCCGACGCCCACGACCUCCUCCGGGCUGCAGUUGGCUCUGGUGUCGGAAAACGGAAACGGCUGCCGGGGGUCACCACUGUCCAACCCGUCGACGACUCCGACCCAUGACGACGGCGGUCAUUACUCACCCUUGAACAAUAACACUAUCAGUAGCAGCAAUUUCAACAGCCAGGACGCCGCGUUACAAUCUCUGAACAAGAUGCUUAGCGAGCGGAUGUACGACCGGAAGAAGUUCCUGAACUCGCCAACCGCGGGACAGGCCGCGGCAGCUGUAGCGGCGGCCGCUGCAGCCAGUUCGUUCUACGAGAAGCUCCGCAACGGAGCGGCCGAGAUGGAGCUGAGCCAGUUGAACCUUAUCAAGAACGGCCAAUCGCCGCUCGCAGCCAGUGAUCUUAGUGCAAUCGGUAGCAAUAAUGGAAAUAGUGGUGGGGGUAGUGCAAACGGAGCGGGAACUGGGCUGCUGGUAACGGCUAACGGUACCAGUAGUGGCAGCAGUAGUGGGGCAUUGGGGGCCGAUGGCAAUAGUGGCAAUAGUUUGAGUAAUAGUAACAACCAAAACAGUGGCAGCGGGAAUAAUGCAAGCAGUGGCAGCAGCAGCAGUACCGGCAGCAUUGGAAAUAAUAGCAAUAACAAUAGUAUUAAGAGCGAGCGGUUCAGCCCAACUAACAACGAUGUGCAAUCGACGGCUUCCAGAUCGCGAAGUGUGACACCUUCGUCGUUUUCCGGGACCCCGCCGCAGACGAUGCACGCCACGGAUGUGGCCUUCCCGAGCAGUAUUUCGACCAGCGGGCUGCUUCCGUCCCCGAACUCGGCGGCCGGUAUGGUUGCCGGCGGCGGUCGACACGAGUUCCAGGCCCGCAACUAUUCCGACAUUAUGCGCAGCCUGGCGGCCAAGUAUCACAACAACAAUAACUCACCGGGUCCCAACGGCGGCAACGACCAACCCAGCGUGAAGAAUCCGUUUCUAGAGCCAAAAAUGCGAUUAAAUCAGUCAAAAUCCUUCACCGAUGGUCCCCUACUAGGCAGUAAGAAAAGCAGUCCAAUUACCUCCACUCAAGUACCUAAUGCAAGUAUUAUGUCGUCGUUAUUCCCGGGUCUACCAUUCCAAUCGUCGGUGUUCCCGCCGUUGAUUGACAUGAGCAGCACCCAGGCACUCGUUGCACUGGCCCGCGCCGCCAAAGAGUCCGGCAUCCACAAUCUCCUCAAGCCGGAAGACGGAGGCCUCAAGAAACCUGCAGCCGGUUCGCGAAGCUCCUCCCCACCCAUGGGAGCUACCUCCCUGGCCAGUCACUUUCCGUCGCCUUUUCCACCACGGUACCUGCCCGGGAUACUGCCGAACCACCACCACCAUCACCAUCUGUCGGCCAGCUAUCCGACUACGGUCCAGUCGACGACGACGGCCGUCCCCGCGAUCUCACCGCUCAAAUCACCAACCCGGCCGACCGAGGGCCUGUCGACAUUCCCGCUGGAUCUGAGCAGCGCUGCCGGUGCUCCACCGGCAGCCAAAAGGAUAAAACUUUCGCCGACGCCCAGUCGGAACCAGGAAACGUCACCGGCACCGAGCUCCACCAACAGCCAACCGUCGGAUUCGAUGGAGCUGAAGUUGGGGCUGCCGCGGAAGUGUCACGCCCGGAUCGAGGAGAUCAGCGCCUGGACGGUGGACAAUGUUUGCGACUUUGUCGGCAGUAUCGACAUCUGCGCAGAGUAUGUUCAGAACUUUCGUGACCAGAGCAUUGACGGUGCCGGCCUACCGCUGCUCACCGAGGAACACCUGACCAACUCGCUUGGCAUGAAGCUAGGCCCGGCCCUCAAGCUGAAAUCCAUGCUGGCCAAAAAGCUGGGUGGCCCUUGUCCGUGCGCCCUUUGUGCGGCUCCCACUCCCACCCGGAGCGGCAGCAGCAACAAGGGGGACACCACGCCGACCAAUCGACCACCAAGUAACGGGUCCGUUGGGUAGAGAGGGUUCCCCUUCCGCUCGGGCAGAUCUAUACAUUAGGUAAAGUUAUACACAAUAGAAACCCAUCCAGACCAGUGAGUGAUUUCCAAUAUUUUGCACAGUGGAACUACAUAGAACCGCGACAGGGAAAAGAACAAUCAAAAUUAAGUGGUAGCGUUUAACACUGCCCGCACAGAAGCAUACGUACUUAGGCAGAGCCGUUCUAAAAGGAUGUCGUCUUUUAGAAAGAAAGACGAGCUGAUCUACAGAAGCGUUCAAAAGUUAUUUGAUUAAUUAUUGUGAAAGUAAUCAAAAACCACGCCGGUUGCUUUUAAAAGUCGAAAUUUAAUCGCAUUAGUCAAAUAACUUUCGAACGCAGUUGUACUCACAGAUAAGAUUCAAGGAUCAAAACAAUCAAAUUACAUUUCGCCGGGACAUGUACAAUAUUACGUUUUAAUCGUCUUCGUUACUUAGCCGUUAAGCGAAUUGUUAUCUCUGACCGGAGAGUUGCCGGUCUAUUCGCGUAGGAUUAAAAUUACUAGUUUUUUUUUUCUUGUUAUAACGCAUGAUUCUCUAUGUUAAUUUCCAAAAAAAAAGAAAAAGAAAAAUCCAAUCUGUGUCUGACGACACAAUUAAUUGAACAAUCGAGAAUGUUAGUUUAUUAGCCGUACUACGAGAAAGAAGCAUGAUGCAAUUAUUUAUUUUACUGUUAGGAAGAAGUUAGGAAAUAUGUCACUUAAAACAACAUAAACACCCCCCACACGAGAAAGACUUAAUAUGUAGAAGAAGAGAAGGAGAAAAACUUCCGCUAAAUAGGUUUCAGGUUAAUUUGUUGAUUUCAUUUCGAAAUGCGUUUCUGUUUGUCUCCAUGAAAAGAACAAAUCGAGAAAAGUUUUAUCUUGUCAAAUUUUGACCUUCACACGUAUAUUUAAUUUUUAAUUCUAGAUCAGACUAGGACUAGGCUCACAUUAUUAUCAGUAUUUAUCAGGAUUGAUUAGUGAAAAAGCACACACACACAAGCAGUUAUACUGUAUCUGUAUGUUAGUACUUCCGUGUAAGCAUGAGAAAGAGAUAAUAAAACGAUCCUAUUGUUCGAAAUA